AUAUGUCUGUAUAUUUCAGUAUGGUUCAGGGCCGCACAAGUACUGGAGUCUGUUGGUGCACUUGGUCUUCUCAUCUCCGGAAUUAUAUCAUUGGUUAUGGUAUGCUCACAACAUGAAAAAUCACUAAAGGCAAUGAAUAUCGUCAUACUGAUGGGAUCAGGAGUCUGCAUUAUAGUUGGAGUUAUUGUAUUCGCUGUAGAGCUGUUCAAUGCUUUUGACGAGAUAUUUGCUAAUGUGGAUGUAGCCAGUGUUGCAGACGAUAAACUUGGUUACUCAUUUUUCCUCUGUGCUGUGGCUGGCGGAUUAUGCCUGUUCGUAUGUGUUCCACUCUUCAUAAUGGACUAUCGUGCAGCGGCAACACAAACGACACAACAACUGCCCGUGCAGUACUCAAGACAAGAAAGAUCUGUUGUCACUUCAAUAGACCAGCCAAUGCAACCUUUACCGGUACAGUACUCAAACCAAAGUCGGGUUAUUGUCACUUCAACAAACCAACCGGCACAACCAGUGCCUGUGCAUUACUCGAAUCAAGUAAUACAAACUAGAAAUUAUCAGCCCCAUGGAAACAUGCCAACUUACGCACAGGACCGUCCUGUGUACUAUGUGACACGACAUCCUUCAUUCGAACGAAUGCCAAGUCAUGGGGUCUGGUAAGACUAUAGCAAGCAGAGAACGCCACGGCAUAAUAAAAUACAAGUACGACCUAUUUCAGGCAUAAAACAUAAUUUGUAUAGCGUUUAUAGAAGGCGACGCUUCGACACGACUAAAUUACUGUGCUAUAACUAAACGCCGCAACAAGUAUGGUCUUGAUAUAAAAAGGCCGGAGAUAUUUUUAGAUUUUGUCUGAAUACUUGAAAAUUAACACCUUUGUAUGAAUUUUAUAAUAAAAUACAUUUGUUUCGUUUAUAAUAUAAAUGUAAAACAACGAAUUUAAGAACAA